AGGAGGAGGAGAGACGCGGAACAGUCGUCUCCAGGUGUUUCUGUCGUCGUUGUUCUCCAGUAUUGGCGGUGUUUUCAGUUCUACUUUUCAAGAAUCCCACUCACCAAUGGCUUCUAGAGCUAUUGUUCCGAAUGAACAACCCAGAGGUGAGAAUAACAAGCAAAAGAAUGUAGCAGCAGAAGGAAGAAAUAGAAGGGUACUCCAGGAUAUUGGCAAUCUUGUGGCUAAACAAGCAGAGCCAGGUGGUGCUAAUGUGUCUAAGCGCAACACAAGGAACUUUCGUUCUCAACUAUUGGCUAAUGGGCAAGCCGCAGCAGAGAAGAACAAGAAGUCAAGCACUGAACUUGUGAAUGGCGCGGUAGUGGCUGCAGCUAAUGGGGUUAGUGUGGCGAAUUUCAUUGCUGCAACAAAGGUGGAACAAGCUCAGAAGCCGACAGAACCUGAAGUUAUUGUCAUAAGCUCUGAUGAGGAUUGCGAGGAAAAAAAGGAGAAGAAGCAAGUUGUAAAAGGAAGAACUACAAGAGCAAGGUCCGCCAUGAAAAAUGCCAAGGCCUUCAGUUCAGUCCUCACGGCUAGAAGCAAGGCUGCUUGUGGACUCGCUUAUAAGCCAAAGGAUUUGGUAGAGAACAUAGACGCAACUGAUGAUGACAAUGAAUUGGCAGCAGUAGAGUACAUUGAUGAAAUCUAUAAAUAUUACAAACUCACAGAAGAGGAUGGUUGUGUGCAUGAUUACAUGGGUUCACAGCCAGAUGUAAAUGCCAAGAUGAGAUCAAUUCUUAUGGACUGGUUGAUAGAAGUGCAUCGUAAAUUUGAACUCAUGCCAGAAACUCUCUAUUUGACUAUAAACAUUGUGGACCGAUUCCUGUCCAUGAAGACUGUACCUAGAAAGGAACUUCAGCUGGUUGGCAUCAGCUCAAUGCUCAUAGCCUCCAAAUAUGAAGAGAUUUGGGCACCAGAGGUUAAUGACUUUGUAUGCAUAUCAGACAAUGCCUAUGUUAGAGAACAGGUUCUGCUCAUGGAGAAAACUAUCUUGGGAAAUCUUGAAUGGUAUUUAACCGUUCCCACACCCUAUGUCUUCCUGCUUCGGUAUAUCAAAGCCUCUACUCCCUCUGAUAAGGAGAUGGAAAGUAUGGUGUUUUUCCUUGCUGAACUUAGUCUGAUGCACUAUCCCACUGUAACCUUGUACUGCCCUUCGGUGAUUGCUGCUUCUGCUGUAUAUGCGGGACGAUGUACCCUUGAAAGGAGCCCUUUCUGGACAGAGACUCUGAAGCACUACACUAGCUACUCUGAGGAACAAUUAAGGGAUUGUGCCAAACUCAUGGUCAACCUUCAUUCAGAUGCUCCAGAAAGUAAGCUAAGGGCAGUUUACAAGAAAUUCUGUAGCCCAGAUCGUUGUGCUGUUGCUCUUCUUACUCCAGCAAAAAACUUUUCAGCACAGUCUUGAAGGGAUUCUUGUCUAGGUUGUUAUUUUGGAUGAUUGUAUUUACCUAUAUACAAUGAUUUGAACCUAUGGAUGGGGUUUUGUUUAGGGGGAGAUCAUUGCUGU